UUUUGAGUUUAUUCCGGCAUGUCAGUAAACGCCCCUCACGUCAGGAACCUCAGGGAAGUGGGACACGUCGGGCACGUGUCGGACUCCGGCGCACGCCCCGCUUGGGCCAUAGCAUUGCUGGCCAGCGUGCUCAUCUUCACCACUGUAGUCGACGUGCUGGGGAAUUUGCUGGUCAUCAUUUCUGUGUUCCGAAAUCGUAAACUGAGAAAUGCGGGUAAUAUUUUUGUGGUUAGCCUGGCCUUUGCUGACUUGGUGGUGGCUUUCUACCCAUAUCCGCUGGUUUUGUAUGCACUGUUCCAUGAUGGAUGGUCACUGGGGGACACACAAUGCCAAGUGAGUGGUUUUCUAAUGGGCCUGAGUGUAAUCGGCUCAGUGUUCAAUAUCACAGGCAUUGCUAUCAACCGCUAUUGCUACAUUUGCCACAGCUUUGCCUAUGGGCGCCUGUACAGCUUCCGUAACACACUGCUAUUGGUGGCACUCAUCUGGACGCUGACUGUGGUGGCCAUCCUCCCCAACUUCUUUGUAGGCUCAUUGAGCUAUGACCCCAGGGUCUACUCGUGCACAUUCACGCAGACAGCCAGCAGCUCAUACACAGUGGUUGUGGUGGUGGUGCACUUCCUGGUACCUAUUGCGGUGGUGACCUUCUGCUACCUCCGCAUUUGGGUGCUGGUCAUCCAGGUCCGGCGCAAAGUGAAGAAGGAGGAGCAUGGCAGGGUGCGACGCAGCGACCGGCGAAACUUUGUUACUAUGUUUGUGGUGUUUGUGCUGUUUGCUAUCUGUUGGGCACCACUGAAUCUUAUUGGCCUGGUGGUGGCCGUUGACCCGGAAGUAAUGGCCCCUCGCAUCCCAGAAUGGCUGUUUGUUGUCAGCUACUUCAUGGCCUACUUUAACAGUUGCCUCAAUGCCAUCAUCUAUGGGCUGCUCAACCGGAAUUUUCGUAAGGAGUAUAAGCGUAUCGUAACAUCUGUGUGGAUGCCACGGCGAUUUGUAUCAGAGACAUCCAGAGCUGUCACAGAUGGCAUACGAAGCAAACCCUCACCAGCCAUCAACAAUGAGUGACAGAGACAAUCAAUUUCCCUCUUGCCUCAAAUGGGUGAUGAAGAUUAGUGAAAAGCUUACUUCAAACCCUAUCAAGCAUGUCAUUGCUUGUCAUUUGUGAAAUUUGUUUAUAUCUUUUUACACAACUCAGGGCGCUUGUCUGCCACUAUAGAAAGAACGAUUUCAAAGCACUGUUUUUGUUUUUUGUUUUUUUUGCUGAAACUAUACAUAUUCUACAGAGUUUGUUUUAACUUUAUUUCUGCUGGUGUUAUCAAAGAAUUUUAACUCAUGCAUUUAUUAAAGAUGUUUUGGCACAUUUUUGUGAAAGUACUACAUAUGGUUUCAAUUGCAAAUCUCUUAUGUUUAACAUCUAACCUUGAAUAUAACAUUUUAGAUUUUGUAGAACCUUUUUUUUUUUCUAAUAACAAAAUGCAGACAAUUUUAUAGAUUGAUCCAUGUGUAUUGCUAAAUCUAUCAAGGACUAGAAAAGCUGGCUAAAGCACAGCAUUUAAUCUGCUCCUAAUGAUUUAGCCAAGACCAGUAUUGGCCUUUAACACAUGAAGGAUGAGGAAGCGGAUCUCAUCUAUUUUUGUUCAUCUCUUAUCAUCCAUACAUUAAAAUAAUUGAUCAUCUGUUAUUUUCCAGCAGAAAAUGUGCAUGACGGUAUUAUGUAAUCGUUUAUUACUUUAACAGUUUGUGGAAAAAUAAGCCACAGGCAAAAAUGUAUAAAAGUGAUAGACUGGCAAAAGAAUACAGGAAAGAGUUUUUCGCAUUCAGGAAAAUUAUGGAAUGUAUUGACUAUAUGUACUUGUUUUCUGUG